GACCACAGAGGAAAAGAAAAGAGAAGAAAAGCAGAGAGAUUUGAUCAAAUAUUUCGGUAAAGAAGAAAUCCAAGGACGGCCCACCGGAACAAUAAAAACACAAACCAAAAAACAAAACCAUGGAAGAGGAGCGCUUGUCUUAGUCAACCUCCUCCUACUACGCUCUACAAAUGCCUCACCAAAUGCAUUUGCUCUUCUUCAUGCCCAAAACCCAAAGAAUUUUGUGUAGGAAAAGAUCAGUAUCACCAUGUUCAAAUCAUGCUUGGCAUCGAGUUGUACAAGAAGAAGGUGUAUUUCAAGCUCAACCACAACCAGUGUCCUUGGCUGGUGGGACCGCAUUAAACCAGCUCCUAGGGACCCCAUCACUGGUGUCACCGAAGCUUUUCUUGCUGACCCCCACCCCAACAAGAUCAAUCUUGGAGUGGGGGCUUACAGGGAUGACGAGGGAAAACCUGUAGUUCUUCAAUGUGUUAGAGAAGCCGAGGCGAAGAUUGGUGGUUCCGAAUUCUUGGAGUCAAUUUCUGCCGGUGUCAGUUCAAAAUUGGUUGAAGAAAGUGUGAAAUUGGUGUAUGGAAAGGAUUCAAAUGUUAUUAGGGAAGGGAGAUUUGCUGGUGUUCAAGCUCUUUCUGGCACUGGUGCAUGCCGUCUCUUUGCUGAGUUCCAAAAUCGUUUUUUCCCUGAAUCACACAUUUAUUUACCCGACCCAACUUGGUCCAACCACCACAAUAUCUGGAGAGAUGCCCAUGUUCCACAGAGAACUUUCCGCUACUACAACCGCGAUUCAAAGGGUUUGAACUUUCAAGCUCUUUUGGAUGAUGUCAAGAAUGCCCCGGAUGGUUCAUUUUUCUUACUCCAUCCUUGUGCUCACAAUCCAACUGGAGUUGACCCUGACGAAGAUCAGUGGAGAGAAAUCUCUCAUCAGUUUAAGGUUAAAAAUCAUUUCCCAUUUUUUGACAUGGCUUAUCAAGGUUUUGCAAGUGGGGAUCUUGAUAUUGAUGCUAAAGCCAUCCGGAUUUUUGUUGAAGAUGGACAUGUAACAGGCUGUGCUCAGUCCUUUGCAAAGAAUAUGGGAUUAUAUGGACAUCGAGUGGGUUGUCUCAGUGUUCUCUGCUCUGAUACAAAGCAAGUGGUUGCAAUUAAAAGCCAGCUGCAGCAGAUUGCCAGGGCAAUGUACAGCAGCCCUCCGGUUCAUGGAGUUUUACUGGUCUCUACAAUCUUGAGCAAUCCAGAUAUUAAAUCACUUUGGGUCAGAGAGAUAAAGGUCAUGAUGAAUCGCAUUCAAAGAAUUCGUGCUGCUCUACGAGAUAGUCUUGAGAAAUUGGGUUCUCCUUUCAACUGGGAACACAUUACUAAACAGGUUGGUAUGUUCUGCUUUUCCGGGUUAACCCCCAAUCAUGUUGAUCAGCUAGCAAAAGAAUUCCAUGUAUAUAUGACUCGUGAUGGUCGAAUCAGCUUGGCAGGUGUAACAUCAGGCAAUUUGAGUUACCUGGCAAAUGCAAUACAUCAAGUCACAUGCUGUAAUCAGGAAAACUUGAAAAGAUCUGUAGUAUCAGUAUCUUAAUAGCUCAGUUGUAUCUAAUCCCCUAAGGUAGCCCUUUUCACUUGGCUUUGCUUCCAAUGAAAGUUGAAAGUUGAAAGUUGAAAGUUGAAAGUGGAGCAGUCAGGAACAAGAAACAAAGGUCGUUUCUACGUAGAGUAGAAGUUGGAUACAAGCAAUCUAGGCAAUAAAAGCAAUACAAUGCUGCAUUAUGAUACAUGACCUUUCUUGUUUGUUUGCACCUUGUUUAGCCUUGUUCCGACAUUAACAGUCCUGAAAGGUACUGGUUUUUUUUUGCCUAACCGAUAUAAAAAGUCAGAAUACUAUACUGUUUCUGAUAAGGUAUUGGCAAGUACAAAUGGUAAUGGUGGAAAUACACUGCUAAGAAGAAGAAAAAUGAACAUGUUAAAUUGCUUCUGAAAAUGUUUGCAAUAUUGUUUUUAUC